GCUCGAACCCUAUUGGGUUUUUGCGAGCCGGUCCGUUAUAUUCGUCCGCCGGCGUUUCACCGAAUCGGGCGUACGAACUGAGAAGAGAGAGCGAUGCUGCUGAGGACCAAAUCCCUCCACCUUCCACUCCGCUCCGCCGCCGUCGCCGCCGCCAUCGAAUCCCCCUUCAUCGUCCGCCGAGCCUAUCCUCUAAUUCCCGUUCGCGAGUACCGUAGCGGUCGUUCUCGCGACGACUUACCUUCCUCCGGGUAUGAGCAUCAGUUGGUCCCUAUCAAUUGGGGCAUCCGCAUUGUGCCUGAAAAGAAGGCAUAUGUUGUGGAGAGGUUCGGGAAGUAUCAGCGCACAUUAGACUCUGGGAUUCAUCUUCUCAUCCCAUUCGUAGACCGGAUCGCAUACGUGCACUCCCUCAAGGAGGAGGCGAUCCCCAUUCCUAACCAGUCAGCCAUCACCAAGGACAAUGUCAGCAUCCUCAUCGAUGGGGUUCUCUAUGUUAAGAUUGUCGAUCCCAUCCUUGCUUCAUAUGGUGUGGAGAACCCAAUAUAUGCCAUAAUCCAGUUGGCACAGACUACAAUGAGGAGUGAGCUAGGGAAGAUCACUCUCGACAAAACUUUCGAAGAAAGGGAUACUCUAAACGAGAACAUUGUGAGAGCAAUCAAUGAGGCUGCUUCUGAUUGGGGUCUUAAAUGCCUGCGUUAUGAAAUCAGGGAUAUAUCUCCACCACCUGGAGUCAAGGCAGCCAUGGAGAUGCAAGCUGAAGCAGAAAGAAGAAAACGUGCUCAGGUUCUUGAAUCUGAAGGAGAGAGACAAGCUCACAUCAACAUUGCGGAUGGGAAGAAAAAUUCAGUGAUACUACAAUCAGAAGCAGCAAUGAUGGACCAGGUUAACAGGGCAAAAGGAGAAGCUGAGGCUAUCCUUGUUAGGUCCCAGGCAACUGCUCAAGGUCUCAAGAUAUUGUCAGAGGCCAUGAAAUCUGAGGGCGGUGCAGAGGCAGCAAGCCUGAGAGUUGCUGAGCAAUACAUCACAGCAUUUGGCCGUGUAGCAAAGGAGGGAACUACCCUUCUACUUCCGAGUGCCAUCGGAAAUCCUUCUUCCAUGAUAGCUCAGGCUCUAGCAAUCUACAAACAACUAAAUCCUGCCAAUCACUCUACUCCCUCUGCAGAGAGUUCCCAGUCAAAUACCUCAUCUGAUAACAGAAUCAAGGCAACGGAUGAAACAACUCCUGAUCCUAGUGGAAAAAUAUUCUCACUCCAAAGUCCACCAAGGGACUGAUAUAGUCUUGUUUUAGAAUCAAAAUCAAUUUUUUGUUCUUCUGGUUCUGAUGUAGUUUUGGCACAUGUCUACUUUCUUGAUGAGGACUAAUCUAGAGUCUGAACUCACAGACAUCAUCUGAAUGCGUUGAGCAAAUACACUUGGAAAGGGUCUGAUCUUACAAUAAUGGUGUUGAUGCUAUAAAUCCUUAUAAGCAGCAAGAUGAUUGGUGAUGAGCUUAUUGGAGCCUCA